UGUGCUUGGAUUCAAAUAUUUUACUUUCCUGUGUGGAUUAGUGGUGCAGUCUGAUGAACUGGUGUUAUCUGGUGCCUCAGCUCUAGUGACAAGACUCUUGACCUGCUGGAUCAGCUCCUUCCAGAUGCCCUUUGGCACGUUUUAUUUUCUGGAUGUUUACUUGUUUCAGUAGACAUUAUGCUGUAUACCAUACUGGCUUUGCUACAGGACAUCACAGGACAACCUAUUACUUCAGAAGACUAACUGAGUACACUGGCAGCCUUUCUGCUGAAGGAAGCAAGCAUUUCACCUACCCUCUGGAAAAUAGCUGUAUCUUACUCAUCAGUGAGACUUCAUUUCAUGAAAAGUGAUAGCCCCUGGGUUUGCUCACUGCUUGCAUGGCUCCACAUUAACAUCACCUGGGUAAUGUGAUUUGAAGAUGCCAACCCCUUGGCAAAUGUGCUGCAAUAAGAAGUCCAGAACUGAGAAUGCAAAAGCUGAAAUGGACAAUAUGGCAGAAACAAGUGAAAAAAUGCAGAUGAAAAAAGAAAUCACAUUGCUAAAUGGAGUUUCUUUAAUUGUAGGCAACAUGAUUGGCUCUGGCAUAUUUGUAUCACCCCGAGGUGUUUUAAUGUAUAGUGCUUCUUAUGGACUCUCACUGAUCAUCUGGGCUCUUGGUGGGAUUUUUUCCCUGUUUGGAGCUUUGUGUUACGUUGAACUGGGAACAUCCAUCAUGAAAUCUGGAGGCAGUUAUGCCUACAUUCUGGAGGCAUUUGGGGCCUUUGUGGCCUUCAUCAGACUCUGGUCUUCCUUGCUAAUUAUAGAACCAACAACUCAGGCAGUGAUAGCAAUCACAUUUGCUAACUAUAUUGUUCAGCCAAUUUUUCCCCACUGUGAGCCGCCGUAUGACGCAGUCAGGUUGAUUGCAGCUGCAUGUAUAUGUUCCUUAACAUUUAUUAACUGUGUUAAUGUAAAGUGGGGCACCCGUGUACAAGAUGUUUUCACAUAUGCAAAAGUCAUGGCUCUUAUCUUGGUGAUAUCUGUUGGCCUUUACAAAAUUGGCAAAGGGGAAACUGAAAACCUGAGAGCUCCGUUUGAGGGCUCAGCAACAAACCCAGGGAUGAUCGCCCUGGCUCUCUACUCUGCCCUCUUCUCCUACUCAGGAUGGGACACGCUCAACUAUGUCACCGAGGAAAUGCAGAAUCCUCAGAGGAACCUACCUCUUUCUAUUGCAAUUUCAAUGCCUAUUGUAGCUAUCAUUUACUUAUUGACUAACAUAGCAUACUAUGUAGUGUUGGACAUGUCAGCUCUCCUCACAAGUGAUGCGGUGGCUGUGACAUUUGGAGGUGAAACCCUUAGUCAUGCCAAGUGGAUAAUUCCUAUAGCAGUGGCCAUGUCUUGCUAUAGUGGCUUAAACUCAUCAAUUAUUGCAGCAUCUCGGCUUUUCUAUGUUGGAGCCAGGGAAGGCCACCUCCCUGUCAGUCUGAGCUUGAUUCACGUGAAGUGCUUCACACCAGUCCCUGCUCUCCUGUUCAACGGCUUAAUGACUUUGCUUUAUCUCCUUGUGGAAGAUGUUUUCCUCCUUAUUAAUUACUACUGCUUCAACUACUGGCUCUUUGUGGGUCUGUCUAUUGCAGGACUAAUAUAUCUGAGAUAUACUCAGCCGCAUAGACCACGGCCUGUUAAACUUAGCCUCUUCUUCCCUAUAGUAUAUUGCUUGUGCUCACUAUUCCUGAUUAUAGUGCCUCUCUACAGUGACACAAUCAAUUCCCUUAUUGGCGUUGGUAUUGCCCUCUCAGGCAUUCCUGCAUAUUAUUUGGGAGUCUAUCUGCCAGUUGAAAAACGACCUAAAUGUCUACUUUGGCUCUCUGCUACAACAACGAAGUAUGUUCAGAUGCUCUUCUACUGUGCUCUGUCAGACCUGGACAUAGACGUGGAACCCACAACAGCUAAGAGUAAAUAGAGUUGCCUCAGCAUUGAGAAUUGUGCCUUGACAUCUCCUAUCUGGAACAAUUUUUAUCAUCUCAAGUUCUCCCCAUAUGUGCAGUCAUCCUAGAGCACUAACCACUGUACUGUGCAUCAGUUUGAUGUCAGUUAAGUUGUGAUGGUUUUAUAAAACACUCUGUUUUCCAGGAUUUCCUUUUAAAAUUCUGUUUGUUAAUAGUGAGUUAUCAUGUAACAUAUGGAAACUAUAAAGCACUUGGUUGGAAAGGAUGAAAGUCUGACAAGUUUCACAGAUAUGUAUGCUUUGCAUAAAGCUCUUUGAAUUUCUUCAAUUGAGAGUGAAAUAGAGAUGAAAGCAAGUUUUGAUAUAGAAGAAGAAUAGAUGUCUAAAUUGACAAUUGCUGAGCCAGUAGUUACUGGACAACUAAGAAAGCAAAGGUUAAGUGGAGUUGGAAGGGUGUUGUAUGACUAGAGCAAAGGACAUGUUGACCAUAAACAAAAAUAUGUUUUUACCAAGCAGAAAUAGGUCUUAGGAAAAGGAGAAAGAUACCACAGGUGAACAAGCAUGCCAAUGUGGCCAGUAAAAAAAAGGUCUAAGAAUUUUCUGCUGCAAGGAAACUGAAAAACAACUUUAAGCUUAAACUGUAACAUACUAACUCAUAUGAUUGGAUAGUAUUGAUCAUAAUAUGGUAAUGAUAGCAGUUAUCAUAGGCUAUAGGUAAUAGCAAAGGUUAUGUAUUAAAUUGCUCAGCAAAGAAAAAUAUAUAAUGUAUUGUAACCAAAACUAAAGGGUGUUCAGGCUUGUCUAUAGCUGAAGCUGACAGCUGUAGGUGUGGCUCUGUCACCCACAACCCAAGACUGCUUUAAAAUCUCCUAUACAAUAAACAGCAUUUUGAAGAGCCAUCUGGAGUCCUGCAUCUCUCGCCGCAGGCUUUUACUAAUGGUGCCCACAUUUUAGUAGGUGAACUCGGACUUUUAGCAGUAAGAGAUCUCCUGGUGAACUCAGAAGGAAGUGCCUGCAAGGACAAACAGGCACCUGAAAGGGAGGUGACCAGGGCCCAGACAGGUGUUGUGGCUGGACAGUGCCUGGAUCCAAGCCUCAACAUACAGCACCUGCUGCAAGGACAGCAGUGAGCACUGGGGAAUCAAUGGGCCAGAAUGUGUCUGCCAAUCGGAGAGAUGUGCAUCAGCAUUGAAAAUCUUUAAUUAAAUCCAGUCCAAGUAAAUUACCAAAACAAGAGCUUAAAAAUCUUCUACCAUGGACUGAGACCAACUUCCCAAAUGCCGAUUCUACAGCUGUCUUUAACAGAGACUUUUGGGACUCCAUGGGGGCCAAAUUAUAUAAUGUUAUUUCUCACCUCGACAGAACAGCAGCAGAUUUACUCCCCGCUUGCCACGUGCUUGUAGAAGUCUUUGCUGGGAAACCCCCGCUGCAGUGCCCUUUCCCCACCAUUCCACCUGAACCCUCCCCGCCACUUCCCUCUGCACCACCUCUCCAGCCACGAAAGGGAGGAGGAGGAGGAGGAAGAAGAGGAAGAAAACAGCAACUGCGGCUGCAGUAAGAGAAGUAGACCAAACUAAAAGUUACUCUGCCUCGGAGGAUGAGGGGGAUAUCUUACAUCCAACACCAAUAAACCCCUAAAAACAACCAGAUUUGUUUCUAAAUAAUCCCAGGGAUUCCCCCGUGACUGGAGGAGAUCUUUUAACUCGGUUACCACAGCCAGCAAGAAGCACUGAGGGACCCAACAAAUCAUGCCCCAGAUCUCUUAUGCCUGAAGCUUGCAAGGCUUUAGAGAAAAUCACUGAUGCUCUGCAAAAUAGACAAGCAGACUGCUAUGUUCCAGAUAAACCUUUUUUCCUUAAAGUUUUAGGAGAAACGCUGAGACUGUAUGGCCUCAUCUUUUAAUGGAACUCCUCUCAAAAUGAUCCUUUGUUGAUAAUUGAAUGGGUUUUUCUUUUUUACAGGUCACCAAAGAUAAUCUUUACAUCUUUAGAGAUGAUUUCUCAAAUCAUAAUCAAAGGCAGAGCAAGGCUUCUUUCUAUAGCAGGUUGCAAAUUUGAAGUCAUCUAUUUACCUAUAAUUAAAUCCUAUCUUGAUUGGGCCAUGCAAAAGUCAGAAAAUUUGCUAUAUGCCUUGUUAGAUUUUCCAGGUAUUUGCUCCUUUCAUUAUCCAGCACACAAAUUGAUCAAAGCUCAAUUAUGCUACAAAGAGAAACCCCUGAUCAGUGAAGAACCUUUAGAUGCAGUUACUCUCUUCACUGAUGCGUCAGGACAAGCACACAAAGCAGUAAUUACAUGGCAAAAUAAAAAUACUAAAUCCUGGGAACAAGAUGCUCAAAAAGUCGAAGUUUCUUCUCAGAUUGUUGUAUUGGCAGCAAUGGUAAAGAGCAUUUCCGCUCUUUCCAGAACCUUUUAACCUAGUCAUGUUAUUCCUUAUCACCCAGUUUAUAGUAAUAUGACUUCUUGGUGUUGCCAAACUAAGCUUUUCCCAUAUCAUGAAUGUCACACAGAUCAUUUUAACAGGCUUCCAAUUUGAUUUCCUAAGGAAUUUGGCUCAUCUGUGGAGACAGGGCUUGGCAAGGUAUUCCUUCAAAACUAGACAGUGGCCCUUGUGCCCUGGGACAACUUACAGUAAUUGCUCCCAGUGUCAAAAAAGCAAUCAAAAAGAAAAAUAGAAAAAUAAGAUCUUCCUUGGGGCAUCAUUAUGAGGGCAACUGGGAUAGUGAUUUUCACCCUUGGAACUCUGGAUAUCAAUUGUUAUAAGCAUUAUUUUUGCCUCAGCUUCAGUUAAACUGAAACAGUUAAAACAAAUUAGGGUGUUGACUCAGUAAAGAAUUAAAUGCCACCUCUGCUAUGAUUAGUGAUUUGCUGACAGAUGAAGAGGCAGUCAGACAUGCCACUUUACAAAACCGAGCUGCUAUUGCCUUUCUCUUACUAGGACAUGGACAUUGCUGUGAAGAUUCUGAAGGAUUGUGUUAUAUGAACUUGUCUGAUAAAUCUACUUCUAUUCAUAAACAGCUGCAAAAAUUAACAUAUUUAGCUAACCAAAUUACAACAGACAAAAUAUCUUGGCUAGACAGUUUGUUUGAUGGUUGGAGAAUUGCACCUUGGCUGAAAGAACUUUUAAAGUAGGCUUGAUUCUCUUAGUGGUGAUAAUUGUAAUUAUGGUAGUGGUACCCUGUGCACUUCAAUGUGUGCAGAGAAUGAUGCAUAAGACAGUUUCUAGCAUCUUUGUUGUUCAUCAGAAUGGGGAAGAUGUUGUCAAGGAUGAAAGUUUGACAAGUUUCACAGAUAUGUAUGCUUGGCAGAAAGGUCUCUGAAUGUAGAAUCUGAGAAUAAAAUAGAGGUGGCAGCAAGUUUUGAUAUAGAAGAAUAAUAGAUGUCUAAAUUGAGGUUUGCUGAUCCAGUCUUACUUGACAACUAAGAAUUAUGUCGAGCUUGAGAGAGAUUUUAUGACUUAGAGCAAAGGAUAAGCUGGCCACGACCAAAAGGAUGCUUUUACCAAGCAGAAAGAUAGCACAGGCAAACAAGACAUGUCAAUGUGGCCAGUAGAAAAAAGGUCUAAGAAUUUUCCACUGCAAGAAAAAAUGAAAAACAAUUUUAACCUUAAACUGUAACAUAUUAACUAAUGUGAUUGGAUGGUAUUAACCAUAAUAUGGUAAUGAUAGUAGUUAUCUAUAGGCUAUAGGUAAUAGUAAAGGUAUAGAUUGGUUCUUAUGUAUUAAGAUGCUCAGCAAAGUAUAUAAUGCAUUGUAACCAUAACUAAAGGGUGUUCAGGCUUGUCUACAGCUGGAGCUGACAGCUGUAGGCUCAGGCUCUGUCACCCAUGACCCUGGACUGUUGUAACAUCUUGGAUACAAUAAAUUGCAUUUUGAAGA